AUGGCAAGCAGAUCCUUGACUCCCUUCCAGCUCACUGCCACCCUCUUCGUGGCGCUCCUCGCUACGUGCCAUGCCGGCAGCAUCGCCGUCUACUGGGGCCAGAACGACGGCGAGGCUUCGCUAGCCGAGACGUGCGCGUCCGGGAACUACGAGUUCGUCAUCCUCGCUUUCCUCCCCAAGUUCGGCAAAGGCCAGAGGCCGCAGCUGGACCUCGGCAGCCACUGCGACGCAUCGUCAGGUGGCUGUAAAAGCCAGAGCAAGGACAUCAAGUCGUGCCAGAGCGGCGGCGUCAAGGUCCUGCUCUCCAUCGGCGGCGGCGACGGAAGCUACGGACUAUCGUCUCCCGGUGACGCGCGACAGGUCGCCAUGUACCUCUGGAACAACUACCUGGGAGGCACCUCGUCGUCCCGCCCCCUCGGCGACGCCGUGCUCGACGGCAUCGACUUCGACAUCGAGCUCGGCGGCGCCAAGUUCUGGAACAAUCUCGCCAGUGACCUCAAGAAAUUGGGCAACAACAUCGACGCCGACAAGCACGUGCUGCUAAGCGCGGCGCCGCAGUGCCCGUUCCCUGACGAGUGGGACGGUGGCGCGAUCAACACGGGGCUGUUCGAUUAUGUAUGGGUGCAGUUCUAUAACAAUCCGGAGUGCCAGUUCAACGCGGGGCGCCAGGCAUUCAUGGACGCAUGGAAGAGGUGGGAGUCGGUGCCGGCGGGGAAGAUCUUCCUUGGACUGCCGGCCUCCAAGGAUGCGGCGGGCACCGGAUUCGUGCCCGCCGGCGUGCUCACGUCGCGCGUGCUGCCGCUUAUCAAGGGCUCGCCCAAGUACGGCGGCGUCAUGCUGUGGUCCAAGUUCUACGACGAUCGCACGGGCUACAGCUCCGCCAUCAAGAGCCACGUCUGA